UCUUGCUUCCCCUCCCUUUUUUCUGCCAUCUGCCCUUCCGCCCCACAGUUAUUUUUUGGAGUCACAGUGGCACCCGCAGGUCCCAUAGCAGCCUGGGGGAGGUUGCAGGACACGUCCCAUCAUCUGCAUCACUCCCCUUCACUCAGCCCAGCGAUGCCGUCCAACAAGUCUGUCUCGGACGCGCCAAUCUUGCAGUUCACUAACUGCCGGAUUCUGCGGAGCCACCAGUUGCAAAGGGGCACUGACCAGAACGGGGCAGACCCUUACCAGGCCCGCCUGAUCCAUGCGCCCCUCUACCCGCAUCCGUUCCUGGUGCUGGUGACGGACGCCAUUGCGGGAAUGGGCCUGGCCCCGGGCAGGCACACCCUGGGCCAGCAGGUGGUGGAGGUGGACGGGCUGAACACGUACAUUGCAGUCUGCGACGCGCGCCCGUUCCGCCCCUUUGCGCAGUUCCACCACCGCGACCCUGGCAUCGUGGGGCUGCUGACAAGCGACCAGAUUCCUGCCAGGCGGAGGGUGUUCUACGGCAUGAUCUCCGACGGGAUCCACACCAACCCUGCGGCCCUGCGCAUCGCGCAUCGCGCACGCCCCAAAGGCCUGGUGCUGGUGACGGACGCCAUUGCGGGAAUGGGCCUGGCCCCGGGCAGGCACACCCUGGGCCAGCAGGUGGUGGAGGUGGACGGGCUGAACACGUACAUUGCAGGGACCAAGACGCUGAGCGGCAGCGUAGCGACCAUGGACUCCUGUGUCCGGCACUUCCAGGAAGCCACGGGCUGCAGCGUGGAGACAGCCCUGGAGGCAGCGUCCCUGCAUCCUGCCCAGCUUCUGGGAAUGGAGCGCCGCAAGGGGACCCUGAGCUACAACAGCGACGCAGAUUUUCUGCUGCUGGACGACAGCCUGCACGUGCGCGCCACGUUCAUCGCGGGCGAGAGGGUCUGGAGCCACGACGGCUUCGCCAUGUGAGGGGGGAGAUGCCGGAGCCUGGCCGUGCCCCUCCCCCGCGACCAGCUGCCGCACUGUCCUCUCCUCCCGAAGAGCCUGGCUAAGACCUUGGCCUUUCUUCCCCCCGUCCCUUGGAAGUGCCCAUGAGCUGCGAGACCCUGGCAGCCCUGCCUGCAGGGAGAGCCGAGGGCCGUGGCGACUGGGGCAGCCUGCUGGAGCCACCUGAGUCUCCGUCCUCUCGGGAGCACUGGGUGAGCCCUGCUGGAGAGGAAGAGGACGCGGCUCCGGGCUGUUCUGUCAGCGAGACGCCCAGCACGUAACUCGGACGUCGCUUCCCAGAGGAGGCCUCUGGCUGCCCCCACAGCGCCUCUUCAUGCCCCAGUGUCCACUGCCCCUUGCCUAGAACAGCCCAGUGACAGGCUGGCUGGGGGCCUGCGGAGGGCCCAUCUCUCCCCACCAAUGGGAGCCAGGGACUGAGUCCAUGUUGCACCCCUGCUGUCCCGCACCCCAAAGCAGGGUGCUCUCAGGUGCUAGGCCAACCCAGAGCCUCCUGGGACGAGACCCUGCCCCCUCUUCUCCUGCCUGGCAGAGCCGUGAAAAGCAGGAGCUCCUGGCUCCUCGGCUGCCUUGCUGCUUGGGCAAGGGGGUUGUCCGCUUGGUGCACGGACGCCACGCUGCAGCAGAAAGCCACGGUGCUCUUGAGCCAUGUAGGCAUGCAAAGCGGGUCCCUCAGGCCUGGCCUCGCCCCGGGGCUCGCCGCAGCUUGCGGGGCGGGUGGUUUCCUUGCCCCGGUGAGGAGGUGCCAUGUGUUUGCUGUGGGGGACGUAACUGGGACGCCAUUCCCCGGCCGCAGGGUUCUCUCCGUUUCUAUGCUCGCUGGAAGCUCUGCAUGGCAUUAUGCCCCUAUUAGAUGGCUGCUCCUUCUCCUACUGCGUCUCUUCGCUGGCGGGAUCGGCUCGCUGGAGGAGGCUGAGCUUGAUUCUGAACCUACUGCAAGAAAAUGGAUCUGAGCCGCCCCCUCGUAGCCAGAUCCGACCAUCCCUGAGCCGUUGCUGGGCCUUAGCAAACGUGGAGUUUGGAAACUGGCAGGUUUCAGUGAGGUUCUUUUAGAAGUUCACUGGAAACAUCAGAAAGGGGCUCCUUGGAGUUGGGAGCCCCGCCUCAGAGACCUCUGCCUGAGGUCUGCAGGCCCCUGCCCCCGGAGAUGUCUCACAGGCACCACUGGGGUUCCAGCCUCACCAGUGGCGCUUCGCAGCCAGGGAACCUCUGUAGGAAAAUGGAGGCAAUUCCAGGACCAAAAAAGGUUGAAUAGACCUUGAUUUUGGGACUAUUUUGCUUAAUUUUCUCAACAUUUCUUCAUCAGCGCGCACUGAAGGCCGCAGCGAGUCGGACACGCAGACUGGCGUGUCUCUGCGAUCCCACAGGAUUAAUAAAACUGUCUGUACACAUGGUU